CACGCCCCAAUCGCAUAUACCGCGCGUCUAUUGGUGGACGAAUUCAUCCCGAGCUCUGAUUGGUCCGUUUCCAUAGGUUUCCCUCAGAACUGCAAGACGCCGAUAUUGCAUUACAUUGGAGCAAAAUGGCGGCUGUCAUUCAGAAUCCACUAAAAGCGUUGGGCGACCAGUUUUACAAGGACGCCAUUGAGCAGUGCCGCAGCUACAAUGCCCGCCUGUGCGCCGAACGCAGCGUGCGCCUGCCAUUUCUGGACUCCCAAACCGGCGUGGCCCAGAACAACUGCUACAUCUGGAUGGAACGACAUCACCGCAGCCCGGGGGUUGCGGCCGGGCAGAUGUACACGUAUCCGGCCCGUUGCUGGCGAAAGAAGAGACGCCUGCACACCACCACCGACCCCAGCCUGAGCAUCUUUGGUCUCAAGCUCGACAACGGCCUCAUGUCCAAGGACACGUUGCCCACCCAGGGCACCACGCUAGAAGCUCUGCUACGAGGUGAAGGUCUCGACAAAAGGAACUCCAGGAAUGAUGAGGAGAGUUUGCUGGAGAUCCAGAGAGUUCUGGAGGCAGACGCGGCAGAAGAUGCUUUCAAUGACGACGAUUAUGAGGUGGACACUCCCAAGAGGAGACACCGGGGCAAAGGAAGGGGUCGGGGCUCAGGCCGCAGGAAGGCAGACCUGGAUGACGACAAGCCAUAUGUUUGUGACAACAGAUACAAACAAAGGAAUAAUUCCAAAUCAUCAACUUCAGUCUAUGCGAAGCGCUAUAGGAGCCGUACGGGACUAAGCUACCACUAUACCAAUUCCCACCUGGCGGAGGAGGACCGAGCCGGGGACAGGAGCACUGUGCCAUGUAGGUCUCCUCUGCAACCUACUGACAGACACAAACGUCCAAAGGCUCCCAUCGCGACCAGGAUUCCCAACAGAUACUGUGAGAAAUGUCAGAAUGCCAACAAGAAGCUCCUGAAAUCUGGCCCCCCCUGCACAACUUGCCAAUGCACAAGAACCCUCGGCACAGGAGAAACAGACCGAAUAAACAAGGAUUUAAGGACUCUUCCUGAAUUUGGGCCUAAAUGUACGUGGCGGGGAGCAAAAAAAAGUUCAGCGUCCGCCAGACUCGCAGGCCGUGUGACUUCCGUCAAGCUCCCGUGACCAUGCGAGGAACUGAUUUUGUUUUUGUUGAGGGCGGGCAGGGGGAUGUUGGAUCAGCGCCAGCUUCAUCGAGGACUAGAGGAAGACUAGCAAGAAGGCCUUUGGGCUUGUCGGGGCCCGAGCUAAGCAGCGCCGCCCCCUCCCCCACUUCCUGCCCGCUUGCGCCGUGUGAAUGCAAGUGAUCCGAUGUGACACCAAGACGUCCUUAUCCUCAUCACUGUGCCAGCCUGCCGCUCUGCACUGCAAACCAGCUAUGACAGCCAUAACCCCCACCGCCCUUUUCCACCUGAUUGGACCAGUGACCCCCCCCCCACCCCUCAGCCAUAGUCGGUGCUUAACUCCACCACAAGUACACGCAGACCUCUGAACCUUUCCGCUCGUCGCCCGACUUGAAUAGUCGCACCUCGUCACUCCGCUUGUAGGGUGCUCGGUAUAUUUUUUUCUUUUCCAGAUUUUUGGAUAAGCGGACAGACGCCCCUGGCCGCCAAACUACUCAGGCAUCCUUCAUUACCGCUCUGCUCUUGAUUGUUGGGCCUCUCUCUUCGCAGCCCAGAAUCACGUGAUUGUAUUGAGCUGCCGCAGAGGGACAAAAACGCCACACAAGGGUCCCGUGACGAAUGAGUGCGCACGAGCAGGGACGCUGCUGAAACGCUGCAAUAAUUCAGUGUGUGUGUUUGUGUGUGUGUGUGCGUGCGUGCGCACGUGUGCUUGGAAAGAAGGCCGAGUCGUUUGAUCUUUAACAUUUGACAUUGAAGGUAUCAAUUAGGGAUGGGCAUUUGACUUCAUUCCUUCGACUGGAAAUAUUUUAUCGUGGUGAAAAGCAUCCGUUAUUUAAAAAAAAAAAAAAAAAUUUCACAUGAUUCAGUUUUCAAAAAAACUUUCAAUUUGUAACAUGACUUUCUCUUGUAAUGCAACUUUUUCAUAAUUUUCCCUUUUUCUUGGAAUAAACUGGUUUAAAAAAAAUGACGCUAUUCUCACAAUGUUAACUUUUUAAAUCUUUAUUCUCAUAACCAGUCUUUUAAAUUGGACUUUUUUUUCCUCUAAUUUCAAUUUAUUACAUUCAUCCCCCCCAAAAUUCAUUCUUGCAUCCUUUUUUGACCUAUUGGAAUGUCUUGUUUAUAUAAUCUGAGGUUUUCUCUCCCCCUCCGAAAACUUGUUUUUAUAAUGUGAGUGAUAAUAUCACCACUUAUUUCUCCAAGCCACCAUCUUUGAAAGUUGUAACUUCAAACAAAAUUUCUAUUCUCUUAAGUUACUGUUCUGGGACAAAAUGUUACAAAUCCUCCUUUAAAAUAUAAAUAUGAAAUUAUCACACCCCUCUAGUUCAUUCUUAUGUCAACUUUUGUCUUGGAAAGUAAGGCUAAAAUAAGAUUCUUUUUUUUUUCCACAUCAUGGCUACAUUUUCUAUUCCAAGUGCUGGUUUUGACUCCAUUUUAGUUUUUUUUUUCUGCUGCUAAUAUGCACUCCUUUAUAGUUCAUUAAUAUUGACUUUAUGCUCUUAUUACAAAUUUCAGACCUUCAUCGUAGUCACUUUUUUGCCCUGCGAUCAGAUGGUGAGCAAUUCAUGGUGUACCCCGCCUCCUGCCCGAAGAUAGCUGGGAUGGCCUUCACAACCCUUGUGAGGAUAAGUGGCUCAGAUAAUGCAUUGAUAUAAUUUUUCCCCAUCAUUGAAGUAUUUCACAUUUUUUAGGCCACGUACUGAAUAAUAAUUAGAAUUAGUGCACUUAAUUGCUUCAAGACUAAAUUCAGUCAACUCAGGACAAUUCAAUGGAUUAAGGAUCAAUUUAGAUCUUAAUCUUAAAUUACAUAUUAUACAAUGUAAUUCACAUUUUUUCCUCAAGACUUUCUAAAAAAAAUUAACUUAUUGGAGCAUAACUUUUGUUCACUUCCAUCCAUUAUCCAAGCCACUUAUCCUCACAAGGGUCACAGGAGAGUUGGAGCCUAUCCCAGCUGGGUUUGGGUGAAUGACAGACUGCUCACCAGUCAGUCGCAGGACAGAUAUUGACACCGUCACUGAGCGGGAAUCGAUCCCACACUGCACGCACCAAAGUCAGGCAUGUGUACCACUACACCAUCAACGACUCUUCUACUGUUCACUUGUUUUUUCUUAUUUGAUGAAAAACGCAUUUUCAUGAAUGAACUAAACUCCUUAAGUCAUAAUGUUUUUUUUUUAAAUUAAAAUUCUGAACUUUAUUUUGGUGAUUCAUUUACAUACAUUUCCUCAUACUCCCCCCCCCCCAAAAAAAAUAACAUGCUUCAUUCUUUUCAAUACAUUACUACUUUUUGAUCUUUUGACAGCAAAAGCAGUUGAGUUUAAAUCUCGUUUUCACUUGAAAUUCUAAAUCCGAUGCCCAGUCCUAAUGUACUUCAUCUGCGUUGGGCUUCUCUCCAUCUCCCCGUGUGUUUAUUCAGCGCAGCAUGCAAAUAGCCACCGUGCAGGUGGCGAAAGUCCUCAUCAACUCCUGAAUGCAGAAGUAAUCCUUACCUCGACCAAGACACAGCAAUACCCCCCCCUCCCUGCCCCCCAAGUGUGAUGGGAAUUUGUGUUUGGAGUGGAGCCAACAGGAGAUGAAACUGACACGACACAAGGUGGCCGUUUCAUAUUCUGCUGUAAAUACAUG